AUGGCACAACAGACGCUCGAGAAUGAGAUAGUAUCGAAUAUUCCGCAGCCUGCGGGCUCGAAAAGCGCAUUUCUCGUCGAGACACAGCUUUCAUGCGACAUUCCAACCAGUGUCCUCCCAGACACCGCAUUGCCUUCGCCGGACAACUGCGUGAUCUGCCUCGACCACAUUACCGAGCGAGCAGUUGCCCUUCCCUGCCGCCACGAACAGUUCGAUUUCCCCUGUCUUGGGACAUGGCUACAAAGACAGCAGGUAUGCCCAUUGUGCAAGGGCGAGGUAAAGGCGGUCGAGUUCAACGUGGGCAACAAGAAUGAAGGAGAAGGGACCAAGAUCUUUUACCUCCCGCCACCUGAACCGACAGGACCUGGUCGGCCGGCAUUCGUAUCAGCGCGGGCUCAACAGCGCAGAUCGAGGCCACAUGGGCCAUAUUCAAGAGAAAGAGGAGGACGUCGUCAACCGCUAGAUCACACCAAUCGCAGAGAAGACUCCAGAGACGACGCACUGGAGUUUCGCCGACAAGUUUAUCGCCACAAACUAUAUUCUUUACGCGUCGGCUCCAACCGUAUCUCACGCUACCGCAACAUUACACCGGAAUCGUUUGCAAAGGACGAGCGUCUUAUAUCUCGAGCUAGAAUGUGGAUCAGGCGGGAGUUACAGGUGUUUGAUUUCCUCAACUCAACCUCUCCGGCCACCAGCUCCCGGUCGGUGGAUCGCAGGUCCAGCAAUGCCGACUUUCUACUCGAGUACAUUAUCUCAAUAUUGAAAUCUAUCGAUUUGAAAGGCAGUACGGGGCAGGCGGAGGAGCUUCUGAAAGAUUUCCUUGGCCGCGAGAAUGCGAAGCUGUUCUUGCAUGAACUGGAGGCCUGGUUGCGCAGUCCUUACGAGUAUUUGAAAGAUUGGGAUCGAGCUGUCCAGUAUGCGGUACCAUCAGAAGCCCUAAGUCAUGAUUCACUCCGAAAUCGUGGUGAUGUCUGUCGCGGCGAGAAUCAUUCUCGCUCUCAGAACGACAGGACGUCGGUACCCGGGUGGUUCUCGAAUGAUUUUGUUUUGCGACAUGACAAUGACCGAAUGCCAUCGAGGUGA